GCAAAUGCCGGCAAACAGUAGUAAACAGUACGCGGUACGAUGGUGACAUGGACGUAUGGUACUGAUGGUACUGAUGGUACUAUUAUUCUUUUGGUGCGAUCCUUUACUACGAGUAUAGGGCAGUGACAUCGCUAGUUUAAAUGCCUUUAGUACUACUCGCGUUAACCCGCGCUGUGUAAACUGGAUUUUGAAUUGUUUUUAUUUUUACGCGCUUGGAAAAUAAUCACCGGAUUUAUUGAGUGAUUAGCACCAGAACGAUAGUCGGAAACAUGCGAUAUUGUCUUCUAUAAAAUCAAAAAUAUGAGGUGGUUUCGCAAACAAGAUCAAUCCCCUCGCCUGCUCAGUUUAUCACCAUUGAGAACCUCAGACUCGCCAGAUGCUUUCGUGUUCAAUAGCAGGCCUGAAAAGGUGGAAAAUGUCCCUCUGGAUAUGGAAAUCAUUUCUUCGUCUAAACAAUCUCCUAGACACCGGUCAAGAAUUGACAUGACGCCAUCAUCCUGGGCUAGAAGACAUUACAACAAAAGCGAUACGAAUUUUUACAGUGUAGAAGAUAGUGUAGUGAUUUUGGAAAAGUCUGAAAAACGAAGACAUAAAAGUCAACCGCGAUUCAGUAGUUCUAGUUGUGCGUUUAACUGCAACCCUGAGAAGAGAAAUCCUUUGCUUGAUAGAGUUAAACACACCAGACUGUCGUGUUUUCGCUCAAAUUCAAACGCAUCUACUGUAAAUAAUGACGGUUUCUCAUUGGAAACUGCCUCCGCAAGUACGAUAAUUGACCCAUCGUGCUCCAAAGAUGUAAAAUCUAGCCUUAGUGAAAAUAUUGAUAAUAGCAACAAUAAUAGUGAUAAUGCCCCUUGUGAUAGUGCCCCUAGAUCUUCAUGUUUUACGGCCAAACUUCGCGCAAUGUCAGAAAAGUACUUGCAGAACUCAAAAAGUCGUCUGUUUACUAAAUUGUACAAAAACGCCGAUGCCGAUGGGCAAAAUGCGAGGAAAAAAAUAGUGAAAAAGCGCAGCUUUUCGUAUGGCGCCCUACCGGAUCUGGAAACUUUUAGACAAACUAACACGUUAAUCUACCAUGACGUCAAUACAAAUGAUGAAGAAGAUCACUUACUGUUAGGCGAUAAUGAGGAUUCCGACAGUGGGAUUUUAGUCAAUGAUUCAUUCGCGUCCAAUUUCGAGGGAUCGUUUACCUCGCAAUCUCCAUUGCAUAUUACAGAAAUUAAAGACAUCGAUAUUGAUGGGGCCAUAUCCAAUUCAACCAAUGAAGGAUUAAGCCGAAGUUAUUCCACCGGUUUACAAAGAAAAAUUAAUUCCACUGACAGCAUUUUUUCGGCGAACUACAGCAAAAAUGUUGCAAUCGUUAAAUUCAACAAGAAAUAUCCUGAUGAAGAGCUAGGAAUCUUCAUAACGAGAAGCAAACAGAUCUCCCAAGGCUACUUGGUUGGCAAAAUCGUACAUCAGAGUUUGGCUUCAAGGGAGGCGACACUACAAGAAGGAGAUGAGAUCCUGAGCGUGAAUGGAACUGCGCUUUCUGGAUUGACGAUCACUGAAGCGAAGCAAAUAUUGAACACCAACGAUCAGAUUAUUGAAAUGGUUAUCAUUCGGUGCAUGAAGGAAACAUCGGUGGACUUCGAAUUCAACAGACAUUCCGUAGCUGGGCAUCCGGCGGCCAGUCCAAGCCCUUUAAAUAAGCGUCAUUUUCAAAAAAACUCGAUUCAUGGAAGCUAUACGAGAAUGCUGAGGAAAAGCUCAUCGUCCUCGAAAAAUGAUAGUUCGUCUCCGCCUCCCAGUCCCCAGUCCUCAGAGCCAGUGUUUUCUGAGUCAACUUCAGCUUCGAAUUUUUGCACUUUGCCACGAAGGCCCGCGUCCAGUGUCUGCACAUUUCAUACAGUUACACUUGAAAAAGGGGUUGGAAAAAAAUCGCUUGGAUUCACUAUUGUAGGCGGACGAGACUCUCCAAAAGGCGCAUUAGGCAUUUUCAUCAAAACUAUCAUGGUCAAUGGACAAGCCGCAGAAGACGGCCGAUUAAGAGCGGGGGAUGAAAUUUUGGCAGUAAAUGGUCAAGUUUGCCACGACAUUUCACACGCUGAUGCAGUUUUGCUGUUUAAAAGCGUGAAAAGCGGACCAAUCACCCUGCACAUUUGUCGUCGAAAAAAGAGCAAAAACUCGUGCAAAGCCAAAUCCUGCAGCAACAUUCCCAAACCGAGUUAGUUAGAAAUCAGUGUUUUUUUCAUUUAGAAUAUUCUUACGUGACUUACAUGUAAACUGCCAAAAAAUAUUGUACGCAUAUUUGGAACUGAAUAUCAUUUAAGAUGUCUUAGCAUGUAAAUAGAUGUAUUAUAUAUUAGUGGUAUUAUAUUGUGUAUUCCA